GUACUGGGACAAUAAAUACCCAACCUCCUCUCCCAGCGCUCACUCCUAGUACAGAGAGUGAGACGAAGCCCUAAGGGAAAACUCUCCGGGAGCCAUGAAGCAGCUGAUGGUGACUUUCCUGGUGGUUUUAGUGCUGGUGGCGUCUCUUCCAUCGGGUCAAGCAGUCCCAUAUGCUACUAACUUGGAAGACAGCAUUUGCUGCACAGAAUUUGUCAAAUGGCCAGUGCGUUUUCGGUACCUGACGGAGUUCUACUUUACCUCUCUCUCAUGCCGGAGGAGAGGAGUAGUAUUGAAAACUGUCAAAAACCUGGAAAUCUGCGCUGACCCCCAGAUUCCCUGGGUGAAAAAGGCCAUUGACCUGUUGAAGUUGAAGAAGAAAUGAGAGCUUACAAGGCGCUGGACCACCCAACUCCUUACUUCCAAGUUGCUCACACCUCACCACAAACUGCCCCACUUGAAACAUCCCUGUAAGCUAGAGAAGGGUCCAGGAGGAGAGAAACAGUGCAUCGUAGUGGAAAGAGCACAGGUCUGGAUGGUGGAGGACCUGGGUUUUAAUCCCAGUGUGGCCAAUUGCUUGC